AUGGCCAACACGCUCAGAUCGUGGAUGAUGCUCGCAGCGCUCGUCGUUUGCAUCCUGGUGUGUCUGAGCAGUUUUGCGGACGCCUACCCUCCCAAACCAGAGAGCCCCGGGAGCGACGCCUCACCGGAGGACUGGGCUAAAUACCACGCAGCCGUCAGGCACUAUGUCAACCUCAUCACCAGACAGAGGUAUGGGAAGAGAUCAGCCCCUGAGGAGGCAGUGGCCUGGCUGCUGUAUGGAGGAAAUUCAAACCAAGACACUGAGCCACGCUCUGACUAUGUUGACCAGUGGUAA